CACGCGCGCCACUGUCUAGCAGCAGGUAGAAUCUGGAAGCUUCUGGAUCCUCAAUGGUGUGUUUAUAAUAACGGAGCUGAACUCAAGUGUAACUAUUUACAUUGCUGGAAAACCUGACACACGUCCAUAUAACUUCUGCCACUACUUCUAAAUCGGACACACAGCAUUUAAAAAGAUGGCUGAAGGCAGAGGUAACCGGCAUCACCCUCAUAAUCUGCAAGGUGUUCUUCAGAUGGCAGUGGAGGCGGGUUCUGCUUCUGAUGGUCCAGCUCCGCUAGAACCCAUGACACAAGAGAGGAUGGAUUUUCUGCGAGGAGCUCUUUCUGAAGUGUGUAAAGGACAGAUGGAUGAGGUCGAGCAGAUGAAGCAGUGUUUGGAGGUGCUGAAAACUGAUGAAUGCAAGGACAGAGAAGAUGAUGGAGAGCAGGACGAAGAAGAGGACGAGCGGGAAGAAGCGCUGGAAAUACUUUCUGAGCUUUGUGAAAACCUGGACAAUGCAAGAGAUCUGAUGAAGCUGGGUGGUCUGGACCUGUGUUUGUCACGGUGUCUCUGUCACUCAGAGGCUGGCAUUCGCUGGAGAGCAGCUCAGCUCAUCGCCAGCUCGGCCCAGAAUAUGCCGGAGGUGCAGUUCUACCUGCUCAACCAGGGGGCGCUGCUGACCCUCCUGCAGCUCGCAGAUAAUGACCCACACAGCACAGUCAGGGUUAAAGCACUCUAUGCAGUGUCCUGUUUAGUACGUGAACAGGAAGCAGGACUGAAGGACUUCCUAUCACAUGAUGGCUUUUCUGUGCUAAUGAGGGGGAUGCAGUCAGACAGUGAGAAGCUGAGAACUAAAUCAGCGUUUCUUCUCCUUAACCUUCUGAACAGUCACCCAGAACACAAAGAUACAGUGUUGUCUAUGGGAAUGGUCCAGCAGCUGGUGUCUGUUCUCCGCUCUCCUCAUUCCUCUGUUCACGAACAUGUGCUUGGCGCCCUCUGCUGUCUGGUGGAGGACUCUCCCCACGGCGUGAGCGACUGCAGAGAUCCAUCGCUGGGCUUGGAGGAGCUGCUCAAACAGAGAGUGCAGGAUCUAAGGGGGCAAGAGGAGAGUCUGGAGGAACUGGAGUUUUGUGAACGUUUACGAGUGGUUUGUUUUCCGGGUCAAACACCGGAGGAUAAUGUCAUGGAUCGCUGACCAUCUGAUUGCUGAUUCAACGAAAAACAGCAACCCCCAGUUUGUAUUCCUUCUCUGUUUAAGAGAGAAACCAAAACAAUAGGAAGAAUACUGUUAAAAAGAUCGACUUGAAAGAGACUAUGACAUCUGAAUUUUCAGCGUUGAGUUUAGCUAUGUGUGUGUUCACGUGCAAACUCAUGUACCACAUACUGCACACAAACACUCAUGUGUAAUGAUGAUGAAUAUGUACAUUUGUGUAUAAUAUCUCAGUUUGUUUUUAUAAAUGUGCUGUUUUACAGUCAACUUUCGAAACUUUAAGGGACAGUACACCCAAAAAUGACAAUUUUGCCAUCAUUUAUUCUCACUUAACACUUGAGUUUGUUCUGUUGAUCAUAAAAGAAAAUAUUUUGAUUCGUCCAUUGACUUCCAUUGUAAUUUGUUGUCCUACUAUGGAAGUAUCAGCAUUGUAACUAUCUUAUAUUGUGUUCAACAGAAGAAAGAAGUUCAUCAUGUUUAAAACCACAUAAUAGAGUAAAUGAUGAGGUAUUUUACAUGUUUUGGGUGAACUAUCCCUUUAAAAGCUGGCUAAUCACACAAACACAAAGCCAUAAUGUAGAACUGCACAUUAUUAUAGGAAAUAAUGUGUUAAUUUGAAAUAAACACAAUCAAACCUGUCGUUAAA